CUUAGGUGAUGCAACUUCCAACAAGCCAAAUAUUGAAGGAAAAAAAAUAUAACUAUGAUAAUGAUUAUAAUAACCUGUUCUUAGGGGGCGUGUGUGGAAGACGUCACGGGUUCACCUCCACGCAUAGAAAAGUUUCUGGAUUAGGGCAGAAUUAACACAAAGCAGCGACGCCACUCCAGCUACACUUGCAAACAACACGGAAGAAGAAGGAGGGGGACCCGAGACGAAGAGCCCGAAGUGACGGGGUGAAGACGCUCCAGCAAGCUUCAGCCACCUGAGAGAAAAACCUCCAGCUCUGAUAGCGAGAGGCGGACGAGUCCAUCACCGACAGACAGACAGCAGCAGAGAGGCAGAGGGGUCUGUGCCGACAAAGUCCCCGAGCAUGGAAGAGAAGCAGUUUUCUGGGAUCCUGAAUGGAGCAGUUCCAGGAGAACCAGUGAAGAAGGAUGAAAACUCCCGGAGAGGGAACUGGGGCAACCAGAUUGAGUUUGUGCUCACCAGUGUGGGCUACGCAGUGGGCCUUGGCAAUGUCUGGAGGUUCCCCUAUCUCUGCUACAGAAAUGGAGGAGGUGCCUUCAUGCUGCCAUACUUCAUCAUGUUGGUAUUCUGCGGCCUUCCUCUCUUCUUCCUCGAGCUCUCCUUUGGCCAGUUUGCCAGCCAGGGGUGUCUGGGUGUCUGGAAGAUAAGCCCCAUGUUUAAAGGUGUGGGUUACGGCAUGAUGGUGGUGUCCACCUACAUUGGCAUCUACUACAACGUGGUGAUAUGCAUUGCCUUCUACUACUUUUUUAUGUCCAUGACGAACCUGCUGCCGUGGACAUACUGCAACAACCCCUGGAACACGCCUGCCUGCGUCGGGGUGGUUGAAACAAGCCGCCAGCUCAACGGCAGCCUGGCCAACGCCACCACCAGCCUGGUGGCGGGGGUGACGGAGGUGGUCAACCGCACCAAGAGGACCAGUCCCAGCGAGGAGUACUGGAAGCACUAUGUGUUGAACAUCUCUGAUGACAUUGGGAAUUUCGGAGAGGUUCGCCUUCCCAUCCUGGGCUGCCUGGCCAUAUCCUGGGUUGUGGUCUUCCUCUGUCUCAUCAGAGGGGUUAAAUCCUCUGGAAAGGUGGUGUACUUCACAGCAACAUUCCCAUAUGUGGUCUUGACCAUCCUCUUCAUCCGUGGCAUCACCCUGGACGGAGCCAUAAAUGGCAUCAAGUACUACCUGACCCCCCAGUGGCAGAAGGUCCUUGAUGCAAAGGUUUGGGGAGAUGCUGCCUCACAGAUCUUUUACUCCCUGGGUUGUGCCUGGGGGGGGCUCAUUACUAUGGCUUCCUACAACAAGUUCCACAACAACUGCUUCAGAGACAGCAUCAUCAUCAGCAUAACCAACUGCGCGACCAGUGUUUACGCUGGCUUCGUCAUCUUCUCCAUCCUGGGCUUCAUGGCUCACCACCUAAAUGUCCCCGUGUCCGAGGUGGCCGACCACGGCCCGGGCCUGGCCUUCGUCGCCUAUCCAGAAGCUCUCACUCUGCUGCCCAUCUCGCCGCUGUGGUCACUGCUGUUCUUCUUCAUGCUCAUCCUGCUGGGGCUGGGAACGCAGUUCUGCCUGCUGGAGACUUUGGUGACGGCCGUCGUGGAUGAGAUUGGCACAGACUGGAUUAUAAGGAACAAGACCGUGGUCACCCUGUCAGUGGCCAUCAUUGGUUUCCUGCUCGGCGUGCCUCUGACUACCAGGGCAGGGAUCUAUUGGCUGCUGCUUAUGGACAACUACGCAGCUAGUUUCUCCUUGGUCAUCAUCUCCUGCAUCAUGUGCAUCUGCGUCAUGCAUAUUUAUGGUCACAAGAACUACUUCAAAGAUGUUGAGAUGAUGCUGGGCUUCCCUCCUCCUCUCUUCUUCAAAGUCUGCUGGAGAUUCAUCUCUCCUCUGAUUAUCUCUUUCAUCCUGAUCUUCACAGUGAUCCAGUACAAGCCCAUCACCUACAAUGACUACGUGUAUCCUGGCUGGUCCUUGGCUAUCGGCUUCGCCAUGGCUAUGUCUUCUGUGAUUUGCAUACCCAUCUAUGCCCUCUACAAGAUCUCCAGGUCCCCAGGAGCCACUUUUAGAGAGCGGUUGAAGUUCGCCUGCCAGGCACAUCCAAAGUGGGGCCCCGCCCUGCAGGAGCACCGGACAGGCCGCUAUGCCCCCAUGGCCUCUGAAGACACUGUGGAGGCCCGUCCGCUAAAAGAGAAGGAGGAGCUGAAGGAAGAGCUGAAGGAGGAGGAGAAGGAGAAGGAGAGGAAGGAUGAGAUCAGCCUCACCAUCCAGGGAAGCAACGGCUCCACCACCACACACAACAACCCCAACCCCAGUGCAUAGACGCCGCCCCUCUCUCUCAGUGCUGCUGGGCGCGCUCUCCGUGGCCCACCGUCCCCUCACCCUCAUUCUCCCCUCUCCUCCUUUCUCCUCCAUCCUCACCCCACUUUCCCACAGUGUGCUGUGGGGGAGAUCCCAUUCGCUGGAGACCUUUACAUAUUGUAAGGGCUUAUUAUAUCUAUCCUAACCACUUCUAUCUGUCUGCGUGUUGUAUCUAGUAAAAGAAGAAAACAAAAAACGAAAGGAAGAAGAAAUUGGAUCAUCAUCCAAAAGAUCUGUGUGUGUAUUUGCGUGUUUGUGCGUGUGGAUGAGUAGUUAAUUUGUUCCACAUAAUUUAAUAAUGCAGUUUAUUUUUCCUUUCCUUUUUUUUUUCUUUGUUUUGUAAACCUUGUAAAUGUGACCUUCAUCAGCAGUUCAGAGGUACAGUAGAUUGUGAAGCUGCAUGUGUUUGUUUUGUGCAUGCAGCAGCAUAGAGACACACACACACACACAGACACACACACACGCACACACACACACACACACAUGCACACACACACGCACACACACACUGUUCUCCUGUAUUCAGCUAGCUCGCUCGGUUUGAGAAGUUGGACUUUGUUGCAGCAGUGACUGGACAGCUGGAGACUCCUUUGUGGUGCUGUGACUGUAAAAGAGGAGGACACGCUGUGUCUUUGUUGACCAUUUACAGUCUGAUGAUGCUGAAAAAUGGAAAUAGGCUCUGUUCUAUCGCCAGAAAAAGGAGGCGGCUACACCGAGUCCCCACUCAUGCACUCUGUAUAUUUCACACAGCACACAGUGACCUCAAGCAUAGUUGAUCUCAGCUUAAGACUAAGCCUGUUUUUAUGCUGCUUCUUCUUUGAAUACAUUUAAGAUAAGGUUUUACAAAGCACAAAUAUUUAACUAACACCCAAGAAGUCGAUUACGUAUCCUCCGAUAGCAACUUUUCCUUCACUAAAGCUGCUUAGACUUCGAGAACUCGGCAAAGAAAUAUCAGUGCGUGAACUCACACAUCACUAAAGCAUUUUAUGUUUCUGACAGAACACGUCCCAGCGCCCAUUUCUCAGGGUCCAUGCAAAAGGUAGACUUUGAGGUUCCUUACCUGUGGAAACUUGUUACAGGGACUGAUACCAACUGACUUUUUAUUUGCUGUCGGAGAAAAAAACAAAACAAAACAAAAACUCCCACACAAAAACAGGCGGAUGCAACUCUGCACACAUAGAAGUGCCAUCUCUUCUUAAGUCUUCCAGGCAUUGUUUUGGAGGGAAAUCUAUCCUGGUUUGUGGUUUGUGAAGGAGAAUCCAUGUGUCAUGGUUGGCAUGUUACCAAAAACAUUAAAGUUAGGGGAGCGUUUGCUCAUAUUUCUGGUAACAUAUAUCUCAGAAACUGGGGUGCUGUCAGUCUCCUACUGUUAGUGGGACCUUAAAUGUAUUAAGAGACACUUGAUUUGGAUCUCUGAGCCAAGCUGUGCUGUGACCGGUGGAGAGACGGAAAGCAGAGAGAGAGAUGCUGCUUGUUUCCAGAUGAAAACAUGAUAAAACUCUAUGACUUACGUAGUUUUUAAAUGUAGCUGCACAGUAUUGUUCUCUCAGUAGGUGUCUCCUUUUUACCUCUCUGUAAAGUAAGCUAGUAAAUAAUAAUAAUUAAGACAGUAUAUGUUUAUUUUGUACAAAAUGAAAUCUAUAGACUCCAAAUGAACCAUGCCGAUCAUUCCUCAUCUGUGAUUGGAUCCGUUGUUGGUUUUGUUAGAGGGUGCGGUACGAUAGACCGACCUCUUUAGCAGACAGGGUCGAGUUUCUGAAUGUUGGUGUCGGUUUAGGUUGGUGGGAUUGAGACAGAACCAAUGCAUGGACGGCUGCAUGCAUACCUUCACCUAUUCCUUCCAGGUGGUGGUGACGUUCUUUUAGCUUAGCAGGCAGGAAUCUGUUUUGGAGAUUGCAUCAGACUAUGCCUUCUGGUUGUCACGGUUUGUUAGCUGUUAAAUUGAUAUUUAGGAUUGUUAUCAUUCUUUGAGCACUGAGAACGUAUUAACGUAGACUUUUGAUAUGUAGAAUUGUAUAUUAAAUCAAGCACAUUCAUACGUAGACAUGUUGCGGGUUAAGUGAGAAGAUCUUGCAGCUGCAGGUGAAGUCAGAGUAAAGCAAAAUCUGUCAUCCUGCACAUCCACUGACCAUUGUUACUGCUUUUUUCUGAGGUUCUCUGAGUAUGUGCACAGCUCUUUAACCCCCGCAGUGUAGCAGUGGCUCAGCUAAUUAUGAGCACAUGCAGCUCGGUGCAAGAACUUUUCCCUGUCCCUUAAAUCUACUAAACGUAAAUGUGAUGUGAAGCCCUCCAAAAUCAUGCAGAACCUUUUUCUUCACUCUUCACAAACAUGAAUCCUGGUCUUUUCUCUUCAUUCCCCUGUAAUUUAGAUAGGCUCUCCCGAUGCUGCUAAUUCUGGCAUCCAGAGAAGAGGCGUUUAAUAACAUAGUGUAGAAAGUUCAGACUUCAUAUCAGUACAGAACGGCCUUUUUAACAUGUUUCAUGCAACUGUUUUUGGACACAUGUGAAAUGGCCCUUUCACAUCCCAGAAUUUGCUUUACUCUGAAUUCAAAUUGUUGUAACUUUGACAAAAAAAAAAGACAUGAUACAGGCUGUCCAGAUUUAUAAAGCAGACAAGUGUCUUGGCAAGACAGCAAAUAAGCACUUAUCCCAAUAUAGUGAACCAUUUAUUGUUUAAGCACUGUGUAAUGCACAUCUAUAUUUGAAAGACAUUUUUAUCAUUAUUAUGAUUAUUGUUUUAAACUCUCAAGUACAGCCUUCGGCUGAAUUUGUAUCUGGGUGGCUGCAGUAACUUGAAAAAUCCACUAGAUGGAGUAAUACUGACUCUUCAGGCAGAACAUGGUGCGUUGACGUGUCUGAGAAGUAAAUAUAUAAAAAAGCACAAGCCUGAGGAGGCUGAAAAUGUGAAAUAUUUAGGAAGCUUGAAAACACACAAGAGUUAAGCACAGAAGCACAGAAGCUCAUAUGAAAUGAAGCAGGGACAAGAACUGUGAGCAUACUGGCACGAGCACACAUUUGUAACUGGAUUUUUAACAGAGAAGAUUAAAGAAAUAUCUUCCUCUGCAUGAGGAACUUUGCUGGGUUGUCAGCUAGAGUCUGGCUUUACUUCAUUCCUAAUCAUUACAACCAUGUGACAUAUUUUGUAAUAUAUAUUUUUUGCAUUGUUAUCAAAUCCCCUGCAAAAACAGGUGCUCUUUAACACAGGCCCUUAUCUCCAUCCUCUAAUCUAGAUAUACUGUUUUGCUCCGUGUGGAACAUCAACUUUACAAAUGAGGUUUUACCCACUGAAACAUGCCAAACAGGAACUUAUUAUGCUCGGCGCGUUGUGGGACAGCAUGUAGCUCAGACUGCGUCUCAUUUGUGAUUGCCUGUCUUGGAUGUUUGUGUUAUAUUAAGUGGAGAUUAGCCACCGUGGCGCCGUGCUACUUCUCCGUAUAUCCCAGCCCCUCGCCAUCUGUACCGGCCCCAGUCCUCUCUUCCUCCUAUUGUACAGUAAUGUAAAAAAAUAAGAACAAAAAAAAACAAACAGUAUAAUCAGAUUGUGUAUUUGUGUUUCCCUUUGCUCUUAACUGUGUGUGUGGGGGGAGGAGGGGUGUAUAUGUUUCUGUGAGUCGGGGAUGGGCAUUGAUUGAAUUUGAUUUUGUCACAUUUCAGGUAGUGUAAUGUAGACAUGGUCAGGUGUUUUGUGUAUUGUGUGUGUAGUAGGCGAGCUCUCACUCCAGAGCCUGCAUGUAGAGCAGGCCUUAGCUCCAGUAUAGAUGUCCAUGUACCUCUUAAUCUACCAGAACUAGCACUCUCCAAUCCUAAUUAUAUACGAUCGUAUCUUUUAAAGAUGAAAAAGAAAAAAACCUUUUUGUACUAAAAGAAGAGAAAGAAAAUAUUAUCUUUAGAUCUUUAUCAUUGUUUUAUCCACGUUCAAUGGCAUUAGUUUUUGUUUGUUGUUGAGGUUAUCUUCCUAGAAAAUUAAGACAAAGCCAGCUGAUAUUAAAAGUAUUGCCAAACAAAAAGCUUUUGGGAUGAAACUUGAACUACAAAUGGUUAGUUUUUACUGUGAGCUCUGUUGCUAGACAAAAGCUGCAGCUACAUGACAAUGCUUUUGGUAGUUGUCUUUUUUUUUUCCUUUUUUUUCUUUUUCCUUCACAGUAUUACAUCAACGAGCUGUUUCACACAGUGCCGUGCCAACAGUAAUGCAUCACUGUUUACAUUUAUUACCCUGUGGUUCUCAGUGCAAGCAGGGGGCAGCCCAAGUCCUGCAAAAUCUGUCAUCCACGGAGGAUGCAUCUCUGCGAGGAGGGGAGUUUGGCUGUUUCUGUCAUUGAACGGACUCAAAAACACCAAAAUAAACCAGGAUGGAAUCAGCUUGCAGCGCUCACAUUUUUCAUUCUUGUGCACACCACGAUAAGAAAGUGUUAUUUUAUGAGGACAUUUUAGGCAAAUGUAAUGGCUUAUGUGUUAAACAAAGACCCAGUUUCUCUUUCAAGUUGAUUUAUUUUUCUGGUAAGACAGACCUUCAUGUAUUUGGUUGUCAAACCUAAUUUUUGUUCCUCAAGGAAAAAAUAAAGAAAUAAUAAUUUAAAAACACACACACACACAACUAAGAUGAACAAAUAAUUGACCCUGGUUUUCAUGUAUAUUAACUAUUAUUUCCUGUCAUUGUGUAGAAAGUUGGUGAUGUUGAAGAACGUAAACUAGGUGAAGUAGGCAACGUUUUUGACCAUUUCUUUUCAUAAAAACAGAACACAACUUAUCGGCUUUUGUGGAAACAAACAAACUGAUUUUCUCUUAUUUCUGUGGUUCUCUGUAAACAACAGGAUAUUACCUCUUGACUUUCUUACUACUGCUCAUAUUAGCAUAAUAUCAUGUUGCAGCACUUUAAAGAUACUAUAUAUAUAUAUGUGUGUGUAUAUGUAUAUAUAUAUAUAUAUAUAUAUAUAUAUAUAUAUAUAUAUAUAUAUAUAUAUAUAUAUAUAUAUAUAUAUAUAUAUAUAUGUGUAUAUAUAUAUACACAUAUAUUUGUGUGUGUGUGUAUAAAUUCACACUUCAGUUGGAAACAAUAACAUGAGUAAAGUAAAUGAUGUCUUUCAGUGUAAUGGUUGAAAGAGAUUGCUUUGUGAUUGCUGUUGUUACAUCGGCGGUAUGGAGAGAAAAAGCACAAGUGAUGAAAGAGAACACGGUUCUUCUGGUACCUUCUAUCAAAUAUAUCUGUCUAUCUAACAUGUCUGUUCUUCUUCAUCAACCUUUAGGGCCAAAAUCCAUUGAAAUGUCUUAGUCCUGUCAGCUGUAUAUCGUAUACUGUUGAAUUACAAAAUGGUAAAUAAAAUCUAUUUUAA